UAUCUCAAAGUGAACAUAGGCCCCUCUCUCCUGACUCACCUGUCCCUCAGUUCAAACCUCCUCAUAUCAGUUGUGAUGUGGAACUAUCAAGGCAGAGGUCAUUUACACCAGAAUCAUUAGCUUCAGACUGGGAAGACAGAAGUUUGUGCCUGGAAACUCUGUUUGACCAGACCAGACCAGACUCACCACAGUCUGUUUUGUCAGACAUGGAAAUUGAUAUGUUGUAUCAUUGUAUUCCUUCUUCUGCAACAGACUCUCCUUUAUUACGUAAUUCCCAGGAAUAUCUCAUCCAACCCCAAGAUAUUCCUCUUGAAUCCAUGUCAUUAAUUUCAAUGCCGUUGAUGGAACACAGAGUGGCACACAAGCCAGUAUAUAACAACCUAAUGUCACAUAUGUUUGAUCCCUUGUAUAAGGGAAAGUGUUCAUGUUGUAAAAUCAGAACCUUUUAAAUUGUGCAUUGAAAAAUAGUCAUUAUUUUUCGAACAGACACCACAAAAGCCUUACUUACAACUACCACCACCAUUGCAGAAAAUAUUUCUUAAUUUCCUCAUUUCACAUCAGAAUACAAAUUAUUCAGCAUAUUAGGUUAUCUCAUCACGUCAGAGUGAUUUUCCCUCAUAGUCUAUAAUAGCUGAUACUUAAUUUCAGGCUAGAGAGAAAGUAUUUUCCUUUCAGAAUUUAUGCUACCUGAAAUAUCAUAGUUAGGUUAUCAAAGUCCUUCAUGUUCAACUAUCUUGUUUCCAUAUAAAUAGGCCACCUUCUCCAGACCCAUUUGACGAGUUUACUCCUGACUCAGAAAUGUGUCAGUUCAUCAUCAACCUUGUUCUUGCAUGCUUUUGUCUGAAAACAGAUCUGUUUCAUUUGACCUUAUGAAGGUGGAGAGUCAUUCUACUGAUUCAUUCAUCGACAAAUUGUUUUUUGAGAUCAGGCCAGAUUCACCUGAUUCACCUGAUGUGCUUGUCAGAAAAUGUCGUUUCCUUGAACAGUAAGCCAUCAGAUGUUUAGUACACACAGUCUUUCCUUCAAUAUCAGAUGUCCGAGUUAGGACUGUCUUCCCCUCAAAUGUUUGAGUCAGUAGGAGAUUUAGAUGAUGUUUUAAACCAAGUGCCAUGUGGGCAAAAUCUCUCUGAGGUUACUGUUUCUUAAGAGAAUCGACUUGCAUCUAUUCUCGCUUCAGAGAUGUUAGUGUCACAUGUAGGUGAGCCAUUCUGUGAACAUGUCCUUGAUGAGAUCAAUUCUUUUGAAUAUGCAGCUCAUAAAAAGUUUGAGAAGACUUGUGAUCAAAACAAAUUUGAAAUUUUGGCAGUCAGGAAUGACUCUGCUACACCUAAUCUCACAGUAAUGGAUUUAUAUCCUGAAAGUCUGAUGCCACCAACAGCUGAGACAGGAGCCAUAGCUCCCUCAUUAAAUUUUUAAGCCGUCCUCCAUGACAACAAAGGACCUCGACUACAUCAGUUCAGAUCAUAUAGCAUUCAUCAGUUUCAUUUCGAGUUGAGUCACAUUCCAUCUGUAAAGCAAAAUUCUGGACUUCUUCAUGCAGUCUGGCCUUGAGGAAGUUUUCCCUGAACACACUUUAGCGAAAAGACAAUCAGUAAUAUGAAGACCACUGAACUCAAAUGGACAGACCCUGAAUUACAACUAAAGAUUAUUCGUACCCAAGAUUUGAUUUCCAAGAAAAUGACGAGAAAAUCCAUGAGUGAGGACAAGAGCAAAUUCCCAUUGUAUUGGUAAGACACUGAAAGCUGUUGCUCAGCACUGAUUGCAGUGUUGCUUCCAAAAGUAAUACAUUUGGCAGUAAUAAGUGUGGACGUAGAACCCUUGCCUAAAGCUUUCAUUAAUGACAUUCAAAUGCUUUACUGUCUUGCUUUGGCGUGUAUGCAUUUGUAAAAGGAAUGAUAUUUCAGUGAAGCAGAACUUAUGGAAACUACAGUGACUGUAUCUUAAUAAUAUUAGCUUUUUUCCCCUGGUAUGGAAUAUUCUCAUAGUGAUUCCAUUACCUUAAAUAUAUGUUAUCUAUAUUUGCAUACUUUUUUCUAAGAUUACAAUCUACUGUAAUUUCAAUAAAAUGCAUACAAGUUUGAACAGAGUGAUAUUUGCCACAGCAAGAGGCAUGUGCUUUAUGCAAUGCUUGCUGUUCCUGUUUAUAAGGCAUAGGCUCCCACAACACCAGUGUGUGGUUGUGAUCAUUGUGUUUAACUAAUAAUCUCUUCUAUCUUUCUUUUUCUUUUUUUCCCUAAAUGUUUUAAAUUUUCUCAAUAUUGAAUAAUGACAAUGGAGAGGUUUUGAAGAAAUUUAUUUAAUAACCCUUUGGAAGCAGAGACCUGCUUGCAACAGAGCAGUCAGUCCUAGUGUUUCACUGAGACAAAUACUGUAAUACUGGUGGGUUUAGCAUUUUUAUGUGAAAUGCAGCCCUUCUUGUUUUUUUAUGUUAUGACUCAUGUUUUUAAAUGAGUGUGAAAAAUGCAUGUCCACCAUCAUGUCACCCUAAAUCUGAUUUUAACUCGAGUUCAUUUGUGCCCAACUUUAAUCACGUCAUCCUCUCAAUAAACCAAUGUGCAAAUUUUAAAAAAAAAUCAACAUUUUGUAGAGCCUCAUUUCAUCACUUCACACAAUAAAUUUUAAUGUGUGUAUAUUCUACUGUGAAUGGCUUAGAUGUAGUUGGGUUACAAGUGAAUAUUCUCAUUUUGAGAGACACUGCUACUAUAAUAUAGUAGCAUGAAGCAUUUCAUAUGUUAUAAAAAAAAAAACAUGUUUAUGACAUGUGCAUGCUUCAUUUGACUCAUUUGUGCUUUCAUCUGAAAAAACAAAAACAAAAUCAUAAAUCAUAUGUGUUUGUUUUUUUCUCCACUCCACCUCAUCAUUUCUUGCAGGUAUCCACCACAUCUUUCAAGACAAAUCUUUCUGAAUCUUCAAAACCAAAAAAUAUUGAUUCGGCUCAAUGUCAGGUCUCUACGAGUGAGAGCCCCUCGUUGGCAAAUGAGUUAGACACAUUUGCCAUUCAAAAAUUAGAAUUGCCAAUUCCAUUUAGCUUUGACCACAGUACAGCACAGUCUGAAAUCACACUAACCCAUCAAAGCAGCUCCCAACAGGAAAAAGGUGAUGUGAUGUCUUUCCCCAAACAAUGUGAAAAUUCUGGCUUAGCUAAACCAAGUUCAUCAAACCCAGACUCAGUGUGUCAAAAUGCCAAGGAUAUUCCAGCUGGUAAAAUCAUCAUGUCCUCAGAAUCCACUCCAACAUCAUCUGGGUCUGGGUCCCCUCAUCUUGACCAGCUACUGACAGAUCUGGAGGAGAUGAAACUUAAGUUUAGCCCAGAGACACUUGGUCCACCAUCAGAGUCUUCUGAUGAAAGCCCUGAAGAUAAUCAAAGUAACACGUAUGAAGACCUUUCACCUGAAGAGCAAUGUCCUUCACUUUCUGAUGACACUUACCACACAAAUCUAGAAGUCACAGAUACUUAUCAUUUCCAGACAUCAAUUCAAGAUGAACCUGAAUUGCUCCCUGUUGCUCUCGAUCUGACAAGUGAAUCAUCAAAUGAUGAGUCCCUUUCAAUCCCAGAGUUUCCCCAAAGACUUUGUGAAACAGUGCAACCUCUGAACUCCGGUUUACCUCAGAGUGAGAUAUUUUCUUUGCCCAAAAUAGCUGCAGGGUGUCAUUCUUACACAGCUGAAAACAAUCUCGCAAAUCAAUGUGAGAACAAGUUUUUAAUUGAUAUAAUUCACAGAAAAGAAGAGCAUGAAUCAGCUACAGGAUCAAAUUUCUCAAUGGAUUUGACAGAAGAAACUUUAACUCAGACUAUUCAAGAUCAUCUUCCACAUUCAGGAGUGGCAACGUCCGUUGACACUGUUCAGACAGAAGAGUUUUCCUCUCAGUCUUUUUCUGAUUUCUCAACUGAGGCUGAUAAUUACCCUGCGCAUUGUAGCUUUGAGGAAGUGAUCCAAUACCCUACUUCACUAAAUGGACAGUAUGAACAGUGUUCAGAACAGUCCCCAGUAAACUUUGACUGUUUUGCCUCUGAGGCCACUUCUAUAAAAGAUGUGACUUUAUCAACCACUGAUGAGGAAUACAGCAUCCCUCCAGGAUAUGCAGAGGUUGUGCAAAGUGGUGCACACAGCCCUACCUUUGAAUUCUCAGACCCAGAACCAUUCUUUGACUGCGAACAAGCUGCGUCUGAUUUCUCAGAGACUGAGCCCGAUGAGCGUGAGUCAAGAACCAGGUCAGGUGGAGGGCUACCUUGUGUGAGUCAUUCGAGAGUUCUUGAAAAGGUAAAUCAAGGAGUACUGUUAUCCUCUGGAAGUGAAGAUUAUGAAGAUGCUCCUUUUGGCCAUGAGUCUCCUGAUAAUGUGCAUAAAGAGAGUGAAGAAUCACUGCACUCUUCAGAAGCCUCCGAUGAAGAAUUUACCUUGUGUGAAGCUCCACAACUACCCCCUAUCCGUAAAACUGGGGCAAAUGUUGAAACUGAUAAUUCUCUGGCAAGGGAGAUCACCACAGAGCUCGGAUCAAUGUCAGAAAGUUCCGAUGAUGAAUUUUUGACCACCAGAAUAGUGCGAAGGAGAGUUGUCAUACAGGCUGAUGAGAUGUUCGACCUCCCCCCUCAGUCAGUGACAGAGGAAAAGUAUCGGGAUGAAAAUGGACACCUCGUUGUCAAAACGGUUACCCGUAAAAUAGUUCGCAAAUGUGUGUCUGUGGACGGCGUGCAGCGGGAAGAGGUGUCCUUGGAAGGAGCUCCACAGGAGUCCGUCACUAUGGCAGAGGGAGAUGGCUACUCCAAGGUUGUGAAGCGGACUGUACUGAAGAGUGAAGGAGACCAUACCGAGGUUACAUUUGCUGAACGUGACGGUUUCUCAGCAUCAAAGCAGGAGACGGCUGAGGGUAGUAAGGUCAGUCUCAUGGAAAAGACAGUAGUGAUGGAAGGUGAAAGGACGAUGACCCUUCAGGGGGAUCCGUCCUUGUCAUCUGACCUCCCCACAGCCCAAGACGACUUCAAACAGGCACUAGGUUAUAUAAGUGGUUGUAGCAGAACAAAGCUCCCUCAUGUGGUCGAGCAAGAGACUCAUAAAGAAGACGGUACAGUGGUCAGGAGGGCUCACAUGCGUAAAGGUCGCACCCUCCGACGGACAGUGGUGAAGGGAGCUGGGCAGCGUAAACAUGUUCUUCUAGAGCAAGUGGACAAUCCCAAAAAAGGAUCAAAAGUACAUGAUCUUCAGCAGCAUCUCCACCAGCUCUUUCAUCAUUACCACGAAGACGAGGAGGAGGACAGUGAUAAGGGUGAAGAGGAGGAUGAAGAGUAGAGGAUUGUCUAACACUCCCCCCUUCCCUCUGACUUCCUGGCUUUGUCCACGCUAAAGUCUCCCCUAAUCCUAUGCAUUAACCAACUGCAAUCCCAGUGUGCACCAUGGCACCUCAAAGCUACCACAGUCUUCCUAUUCAAGUCCAGGAAGAUGACAUCUUGUUCACAAUGUUGAGUUUUCUUCCCUGGAUGGCAUUAUCUUUAUGACUAGUAUUAUUAUUAUUAUUAUUAUUUAUUUAUUAUCCAUGCAUUUAUUUCAUGUCUUGAUGUUGUUUUGCCUUUUUUGUGACCAAAGAAACACAUUUGUUGUUUUCCUGAUUCAUUUUACUUCCCAUGUCCACUCUGUCUUUGAAAUGAUUUGUCCUUAAACUGUGGUAGAUGGGGUGAAAAAACUGUGUAAUAAUACAUUAACUAACUCACACUCACACUCUUGAAGGUAAGGAACACUUUACCUGCAAAAUACUUGGUAGGUGCUUUAACUGAAAGACAGCACUGCCUCUUAUAACCCGUUUCUCAGAUGUUCAUAACUAAAAAAAAAACAAAAAACUGUUUCACUCACUGCACUACCUGUACCUUUGAGUCAGGUGGUCAUGAUGUCACACAGAGAAACCAGACUGUAUCAACUGCUGCUGCCGCUGCUGCUGUGUUUUGUGUGGGCUAUGUGUAAUCUGUCUUUGGGAAUUAUAUAGUAUCUAUAAUCUAGACAUUACUGACAUCUGUAGCCUAGGAAUUAAUAAUCACUCAUCUGAAGUAGAGCAGGCAUGACGAAUCAACAUCAGUCAUUAUGAUCCUAGCUUUGACUGCUUUGUAGUUUUAUGGAUUGCACCUCUCUGUCUCUCUUUCCCUUCUGUCUGUCUGUCCGUCUGUCUCUGUGUUUUUUUUGUGUGAUAUAAUUCAUUCAGUUUUCUUAAGUUGUUGAUCUUGACUUGACUAUUGUACGGCUGGUGAAUGUGUGAGUGAGAACGUACUGAGGCUCCCAUUAGUUUCUCCAUGCAUGUGUUGGGUAAAAUGCUGAGUUGAGAAGGAUAUUUUUGAUUCAUUUCAAUGUUUAAAGUUUGAUGUUUGGAGAUACUUUCGGGUUUAUUUUUGAUUCUGAAUUCUGUUUACUAGUUAGUAUAGAUCAUUUAUUUAAUUCUAAAAGUUUGAGUUUUUAUUAGGUUAUCUUUUGAAACAGAAAGUGUAUCAUACCAGGUAUCGGUACAGUUGUGGUGUCUGCUUGUGGGCGAACGAGUGUGUGAGUGUAGUGAAAGAGUUUUGCUAGUCUCAGCAAAGAAAAAUAACAGUAUUUAUUUUACACAAAUCGUAUUUGCACUCCUGAAUGUUAGGAGGGAAAACAUUGCUUCUUGUGCACUGGAUAUAUGGAUAUAUCAGGUGAUACGUAAGAGAAAAUAAUACACCAGGCAUACACGUGUUGACGCAGGUUGAGAGCUUAAAUAUACCAUUAAUCACUGCUCUGAGUUUUGCUACUGUGUGUAUCUACAACAUGCAAUGUAUUUCUUUCACUCUCACUGUUUACUUUGUGAUUUAGAAAAAUGUAAAAUGCAAACUAGUGGAAGUUCACUGUGACAGGUAUGCUUUUAAUUUGAAGAAUCAGCAUCCCUUUUCUGUUAUGAUGACAGUUAUAUACAUAUACAAUGCAUAUACAUAUCUAUAAGGGCAUGUAUUACUGUAUUACAAAAUCAAAAAGACAAAAACAAAAUGGCUGCAGUGUCUAUGGCUGAUAGAGAAUAAAAGUCUACAAAUGUA